AUGUCCUCUAACACAACAGCCACCACAGCCAGCGCAUCCUCCACAUCCGUCUCUAGAGCCCCAGAGCAGACCGGAAUUGCCCCUCACUGUGUUGCGUAUUAUGUCGUCAAGAGUGGUGAUUCCUGCGCCGGCAUUGUAGCAGGAUUCGGCAACUUCACCAUUGCUCAAUUCUACAGCUGGACCCUGGCUGUCGGCUCGACCUGUUCAUACCUCGAUAUUGGUGGUGACGCCGUUUGUAUCGGUUCCGCGAGCAGCACCUCUGCAUCGUCAGCGACGACAACAGCGACGUCAACAGCGACAGAUACCACGGGCACAAGCACACUUGAACCAACCACCGACCCCAGCUGCAUCAAGUACCACAAGGUAGUCGCUGGAGACACCUGCGUUGGUAUCGAACAGGAAUAUGGUAUUACUGCUGCUAAGGUACGUCUGCACAAAUCGGACGGCCCUCGUCUCGACAUUAAUCACGAGCUUGUAUCGUUCACUCAUCAUAUUGACAUUUUCUGGCAUGGAACCCGACUGCUGGAUCAUCGUGUAGUUUUCUCUGGCUCGGCUACCUGGUCUGCGUUGACGCCCCUGCCAUUGGAAGCUCUUCCACCACGCACUACAACGUCGAAUCCGACGUCGACGCCGGCAGUCCCGGACGUGGAACCGAGCACCGUCGCUGAAUGCAUAAAGUAUCACCUCGUCGUUAGCGGGGACGACUGCUAG